GUGGGAGUAGAAUGCAUGAUCAGUCUUCAAAAGCAGUUGCUGAGGACAGAAUGCAGAGAAGCACAGAACUUAACACCAGCCAUUACAAGUACUGGAUUUAAUUGGUCAACCCUCAGAAUGACUUUGCUGAGCUGUAUCAUCAUUCAGAUACUCUGGGCUUUCUCUGCUAAAGGACAAGCUCCAGCAUGUGAAGAGCCGCCUGCUAUUGAUUUUGGGGGGAUUGUUAGUGAUGACAAAUUGGAGUAUAGGGAAGGUGACAAAGUGCAAUACAAGUGCAAUCCUGCAUACAGCCUGAUGGGAACUGAAUGGAUCACAUGCAGUGGAAAAACCUGGACACCUGCACCACAGUGUUUGGCACCGUGUAGUCUUACAAAACAGCAACUGGAGACCAAAAAUCUGCUUCUGUCCAAUAGGCGAAGACAUGCACAAUUGAUUCAGAGUGAGCACACACUGGAAUUUAUGUGCAGUGAAGGAUAUAUCCUCACAAUCCCUUCAGUCAGAAAGUGUGUUAAUGGGCACAUGGACUUGCCUUCAUGUAUCUCUGAAACAGGAAAAAACUGUAGCCGUCCACCUACUAUUGAGAAUGGAGACAUAACUACUUUCUUGGAAAAAGGAUACACAUCUGGCUCCUUUGUAGAAUUCAAAUGCCAACAAUUUUAUGCAAUGGAAGGACAGAACAGAUCUUUUUGUGACAAUGGGAAUUGGACAAAAGCACCACUUUGUUUAGAGCCAUGUGCUAUCUCAGUGGAAGAAAUGGAAAACCAGAUGGUAGAGCUGAAUGGGAGACCAAAUGAGAACAUAUCGCAAUGGGUGUACCUAAAACGUGGUGAUUUUCUUGAGCUUCGCUGCAAACCAGGAUAUGUACUUGCAACUAAUUUAUCUCAAUCUACUUUUAUGGUGCAAUGCAAUGGAAAUCCAAUUGUCUAUCCGAAAUGCAAAGAAAUUGUAUGUGAUCCUCCAGGAGUGGUUAAUGGUAGAUUCAGACCUCAAAGGAACAUGUAUAGGGAUGGUGAUGUCCUUAUAAUUACGUGUAAUCAUGGAUUUCACAUUAAUAAUGAACAAGAUACAGCUGAAUGCACAAAGAAUGGCUGGUUGCCUCCUCCAGGAUGUAGCAAUGCAACAUGUAGCGCUCCACAUAAAGUUCCCAAUGCUGAUAUUGUAAAUGAUAAGGAGGGAAGGUAUCUGCCUGGUGAUAGAGUGCAAUAUAAAUGUAGGGAAGGAUUUGAAAGUAUGGAAUCGAAUUAUGUAAUUUGUGAAGAUGGAGAAUGGUCACAACCACCAAUUUGCAAAGAGGCUGCUGGAAAGUGUGGGCCCCCACCUACUACUGAUCAUGGAGACACCAUUGACUUUGCAAAGCCAGUAUAUGAUUCAGGUUCAAUUGUGCAAUACAGAUGCAAAAGUUUUCAUGCAAUGAGGGGAUCUGAAUUUGUUCACUGCGAGUCUGGCCAAUGGACAAACCCACCAGUUUGCUUAGAGGCAUGUACAGCAUCCCCAGAAGAGAUGAAGAAAAAUAAUAUUGAGCUGAAAUGGAGGGAGACCGCUAAAUUGUAUACAGAAAGUGGAGAUUUUACUGAAUUUAGCUGUAAAUGGGGAUAUGAAAGGGAUCCAACAUCUUCGUCAUUUAGAGUACAGUGUAUGGAGGGGAAAUUAGCAUAUCCUAAAUGUAAGAAAAGACUGUUUGUUCUCUCCCUGACAGGUACUUCAGGAUGAAUAAAAAGAAGAAUCAAGCAGAUAAUUUUAACUCUGAUCUGAGGAUCAAAAUCCAUUGACCAGUUAUUUGUAAUGUUCACAUAUUAUGUCCUUUGUCAGUAUUUUAGCUUAAAUUGAUUAUAUGUAUCAGUUCAAUACCUUUUUAUAUCAUUGUUAACAAUGGUUUAAAAUAUACAAUCAUAAAAUAGUAGCAACAGAUGGGCAAAUAAAUUCAAAUUCAGAUCAAACUACAGCUUUUUAUGAUAUUUGGAAAAAGAAACUUUAAGGGGAAUUGUACAUAUCUGCACAUCCUGAAUUACACACUUCUUGCUCGCUGAAACAGAAAGCAGCAGUAUUUCCCUCUGGCCCAAAUCAGGAACUCCAGGAAGUCUCAUUAGAAACAUUAAUCUUGAGAGAUUUUUAGCCUAAUCACCACAUCAGAAAGUUUGGGAUAUGCAUGGAGGCUUUUUUGAGUUCUGCCCAUCACUAUUAGCUGUUGGUGAUCAUUCUUCCAAAUGUUUUAGGCCAUGCAACCAAAAAAUGAUCCUGUCAUUUAGCACAGUUGUACUAAAAACAUUGACUUCUCUGGUUAAAGUUGACAUUCAUAGCGUCUUUAAUUUUAAAAGGGAAAAAUAAUUAAGAUUUGUAUGAUUAAUUUACCACUCUUCUUAAAAAGUCUAUUAUUUGGACUUUUCAUGUUUUUGAUUAACACCAUCAUCUGAAGUGAAGAGGAAAGGAAUCUUAGGAUUUGUAAAAAAAAUGGAGACAAAGAUGAAAGCCUGCAGCUAAUUUGAAUAUCAACAUGAUACUAUGCAUUUGGCAUUGUGUGAAUAAAUUGUCUAUUCCUAUUUUCCACUGUAUGUAAUAAACUAGAAAUUAGACUA